UGUUUUGAAAUCGCUGGGUGCUGCUUAUUAUUUUAUCGAUACGCCAAAGAUGUGUGUUUGUGUGUGUGAGUGUGAGUGGUGAGUGUUAGUGUAUGAUACAUAUGUUUGUACGUAUUGUACUGUUGUCCCAAAAGUGCUGCUGUGGAUGAUGAUAGUGCAUCGGAUUGUUGGUGCAAUGGUCAUUUAGCAGAAUAUACUUCUGUGGCUCGUUUAUUUGGAAUAAUAUUUUAAUGUUUAUAGUAUUACAACAUUCACAAUAGGCACAUUGAUCAUCAAUAGGUAACUCCAUGUCAUAAUGAGCGAGUUAGAUACUCCGAUGGAAGUAGAUGAAAGCGCUGAUCCAAAGGAGCAAGAAAAACAUGUCAACAUUGUUCCCGAAUGGUUGGACAAAUUUCAAUCAAAUACAUUGGUCGAGACCGAUUUCCGAAAUUACUGGAAGUAUUGGGUACCGCGCAUACUAAAGCCAGAAGUACAUGUCAGCUCGUUAGAAUGGUCUUUUAAUGAACAGAAAACUGAAGAAAUAUUAUUCAAUACACUCGAAGAAUUCAUUUGCAAUGGAAACAGUAUUGAAGUUUUACAAGGUCUCACUCAACAAAACUAUCCACCGUCCGUGUGUGGUCGAGUGUUUAAAAUGGGUGAGCCGACGUAUAACUGCCGUGAGUGCGGAAUGGAUAGUACAUGUGUACUAUGUGUUGAUUGCUUCAAGCGUUCCCCACAUAGAAACCACAAGUACAAAAUGGGUACAUCGUACGGCGGAGGGUGUUGUGACUGCGGUGAUAUAGAAGCGUGGAAACAAGACGCUUACUGUCAGACUCAUAAACUUGGUUUGGAGAAAAAAAAUGUCAAUAUGAACGUGUUGACAAACGAUAUGGAAGAAAGAGCUCGAUUGGUGUUCGGCUUUGUCCUUCGCUACGCUCGUACCCUUCUUACGUUAGAACAUCCUCCAAUGUUGCCCACAGAAUUAGACACCGACGGUAAGGGUCAUGAUUUGUACAGCAUAUAUGUUAAUCAAGAAGAUAGUUUCUGUACUGUUCUCUAUAAUGAUGAGACUCAUACUUUUGACCAAGUAAUAACUACUCUUUCCAGAUUUAUUAAAUGUCCACAACGAGAAUCUAUUGAUUAUGUAACAUCUAUUGACCGAGAAGGAAGAGCUGUUGUUAAAUGCGCUGGUUUUCUCCAUUGUAAAGACUUAAAAGAGGAAAUUGAAAAAUACACAUCCCGUCACGGCGGCAAACCGUUGAAAACUGUUGUUGUCCAUUCUCACGUGAUUGCUCAUCAAAUAUACGCUCUUAGAUUACUGACGUGGAUGCAAAAUUUAUUAGGAUAUUCAGAACGUUUAAGAGCCGUUUUUACAGAGGUUGUCCUUGCUCAAAGUCCAUCAGAAAGUUGUAUAGUGGAAAGUAUUUUACGCAAAGACACUGCGUUGUGGAAAUCUGCAAGACUACAUUGGCAUAAACUUUUUAUCGCUGGCAUGUUUAUUGAAUAUGAAAAUAAGAAAGAGUUUGCCAAAGUAUUUACCAAAAACUACGGAGCGAUUAUGAAAGAUUUUAUUAACGACGAUCACGAUUAUUCUUAUUCCGUCGCUUCGUUGGGAGUUCAGAUUUUUACUGUUCCCACUUUAGCUAAUUACUUAAUGGCUCAUCACGAUGUCUUAUACCAGUUGUUGAACACAUUUCUCUCGGAGUGUUCGCACAAAGUAAACAAACAAGGAAAAUUAGAAUUUGAACGAAACACUUCUACGAUGCCGUUUAAAAGAGCUCAACAUGUUCUUGGAGACAUUCGAUAUUUAUUAGGCUUCGUGCCCGAUAAGUGGAAUCCAGAGUUAAGAGUGUCUUUCUGUCAUGCUGUGUCGCUGGUACUCAAGAUACUUAAUUAUAUGCAAAACAUGGACACUGUAACCAGACAAGUCGGCCAACAUAUGGAAUAUGAACCGGAAUGGGAGACUGCAUUCAAUUUGCAUAUCAAGUUAAGGCCGUUGAUAACAAAAAUCUUAUUAUGGUGCGGAUCAGAUUGUUUGGUAUUGAAAAAAGUUUAUAGGAUGACGUUGAAGAAAAUUUGGGAAAAUCCAAUUUUGGAUCCCAACAGACCUACUGCAGUCAAAGAACUAAUCGAUCGCAAGGUAACAUGCAUAGAUUACGAUGUGUCGACAGAGCCAGUAUCCAUACACCUUCCAUUAUCCAGAUUCCUCGCCGGUCUACAUUUGUACUUGGAUCGCUACGGUUUGAAUUUCGAUCAUUCGGAACUGCAAACGGCCAGACAAACUCCUGAACAAAUAAUUGAACCUGUUCUACGUGCUCAAGUGUUAAUAUCGCAAGUACACGCGGGAAUGUGGAGACGAAACGGUUAUUCAUUGUUAAAUCAAAUAUACCUCUAUCACAACGCCAAAUGUCGCAUGGAAAUGUUAGACAAAGAUAUUGUGUUACUCCAAAUGGGUGCAUCAUUGAUCGAUAGUAAUGAAUUUUUAAUUCACGUUUUGAAUAAAUACAAUUUACUGAAAUGGGCACAACCAAAUUUCGAACUUAAUUUAUUGAACGGCUCAGAAGACGAAUCUAUUCGACAAACUAUUAGUUUAGUAGAAGAAUUUUUAACACUUUUAAUAACUAUUGUCGGUGAAAGAUAUACCCCGGGCGUGGGCCAAGUUAAUUUUGAUGACUGUAUUAAAAAAGAGGUAAUACAACAACUUUGUGUAGAACCUAUGCCACAUUCAGAAUUGAAUAAGACGCUUCUUCAUAUUGUAGAUGACGAAGAAUGCUUAGAGAAAGUUAUCAACGAGGUCGCAGUAUUCAAAAAAACUAGAGGUAAAGGCGUUUAUGAAUUGAAACCAAACUAUUAUGAUGACUACAAUGUAUUUUUCUACCAUUAUUCGAGGGAAGACAUGUCAAAAUCAGAAGAAGAACAGCGCAGGCGAAGAAAAGCAGCCAAUGAACUAGAAUGCUGUCCACCCCCUAGUUUACCUCUUUUUAGCGAAGCUUUUAAGAAUGUUGCCAAUUUAAUGCAAUGUGAUAUUAUGUUUUAUAUUAUUAAAUUGUUGUUGGACAGAACAGUAAAUUUGAGAAGUAGAAGUUUCUCAGAAUCUCAGCUUCAUAAAGUGCUUCAUCUCAUUGGCUAUGCACUUCAUGAAGAAGAAAAACAACAAAGUUCAUCUUUUAAUUUUACAGAACGUUCUGAAUCUUAUGGUUUAGAAGCGGCACUGGACGAACUGAGAAAAAGUCCUAGAGUCGAAGCCUAUAAAGAUUUGGCUAUAUGGACAUUGAACAAGUUCAAGCAAGUAUCGGCCCCAAGACGAAAAAGUAAAAAAACAGUGGAAGUAGAAGAAAUGGAAGAUGAUAAAACAGAAGACGCUGAAAUAGAAAAACAAAAAAGAGCCAAAUUAGCCGCCGAACGACGAGCGGCCGUAAUGGCCCAGAUGGCACAAAUGCAGAAUAACUUCAUGAAAGACAAUGCGACAUUAUUUGAAAACACACCUACGUACUCAGAAUCACAUCAGGACUCCACUAGUAUGGACAUUUUAGAAAACAUUGGAGAGUUGUCCGUAGCUCUUGGGCCUUAUCAAACGUCGUCUAGUACUUUUGACAAUAGAUACACGUGCAUAUUAUGUCAAGAGGAACAAAUAGUAACGCACGAUAGCCAAGCGAUGGUUUUAGCUACGUUUGUACAAAAAUCAUCUGUUCUCUGUCAAGUAAGAUGCAGUCCAGAAACCUUCAGCGACAACACACCCGACCCAUACUAUAUACCGGCUAGUUUUGGUCCAUCACCUCAUAUUUCCACGUGUGGACAUGUCAUGCACGUUGCUUGUUGGCAAAAACAUUUUGACAUGAUUUUAGCCAAAGAAAACCGAAGACCAUACAGGUUGAGACAUUCGUUAAGUUUUGAUGUUCACAAAAAUGAAUAUUUAUGUCCACUGUGCGAAGGUCUGUGUAAUGCGGUCAUACCAUUAUUACCGCCAAUUUCAAGUUUCACGGAACCGGAAAAUAUGAGGACCUUCGAGAGUUUAACAUUUGAGAGUUGGCUAGAAGGACUAAACAUGGCGUUAAAACAAAGUAAAGCAGCUAGGCCGAAAACUAACACCGAUAAUUCAGAAGUUAAACAAGUAACAGGACCGGGUUCGACAUCUGUGCGACCGACAACACCGGAAGUAGUAGAACCGUUACAGCGGCGGAGUCCAGUGAGAAGGGACGCUUUGUUGCAGCAGCACGGUGCGGCCAAUUUGACGGCAGGCAACAACCUGGCCCAAGUGAUUGUAAUCCGAGAUAAUACCGAAUUUCAGCCGGACGAAGAAGACGAAGAAGUAGAAGUUUUACCACCAACUAAUAAAUUUUCAAUUGAAACCCAUGAUUUUAUUAUGCAAAUAUUAAUGUUUGACAAGUCGUCUCCAACGUCUGUACCCAAAGUAUCGGUUUAUAAAAAUAGUGAACUCUCUACCAGUUUGGUAGACACAAUAUUGAAGUUCGCCCACAGUACAUACUCCAAAGGCACAGGCGUGAACCCACACCCUGAUAACAACCAAAUACCCUUGAUGACGUGGAAAGCCUGUGCUUACACGAUACACUCAAACGAAGUGAUUCUUCGCUAUAAGAAUAAACCUCUUUUGGGAGAAUUAUCCUGUAGACAAAGAGAUUGUUUAGAAGCGUUGGUUCGUGUUUCAGCCGUACUUAGCUCAACAUGGAAAAAAGAACAUGAAAUAAAUUUACAUGCCCUACGAUUGUUGUCAUUAGCAAUCGAUAAUGGUGGCAGCAAUACAAUCGGCAUAUUGGAUUGGGACGCUUUUGGCAUGUUGGUGUCGUUAACUAUGACUUUACCGAGUAUAUAUUAUACAGAAGUACCAGGCCCAGCUCCGAGGGGGACAAUGUUGGACCUUCACACUCUCCUAUUGAUGUUUAUCGCCAACUUGGUGCAGAUAAUUUUAACCAUUGAAAUUGUAGAAGAAACUGACAAUGUGCUUGAAUUGGACCCAGAAGAAUCUGAAGAUACUGCUUGCAUAGCUAACUUAGUGUACAAACUCCGGGGUGUUAACAUCAAGAAUACCGUUGCACUUUGGAAUGUGAUGGAGACUUGCUCAAUACCUUUUUUGCGAUGUUGCACGUUGUUCUAUCAUUUCCUAACUGGCAUACCAGCUUCCGGCGUCUUGACAGAAGUCAACGGCGAUACCUACCACAAUAUGUGUUGUUACCUAGGACUUCCGACUACGUGUAAUGAACUAUUGAACAAACCGUACGUUGAGACAUUGAUAGACAAAUGGGCAACUAACGACAAACUGUUGAGGAUCAGACGCGGUGAAAAAUUACCAUUCAAAAAUUGGACACAAGUGAAUGAGUUGGUUCAACUACCAGACGAUUACAGUGAGCUGAUUAACACUGUGUCAAUGUUUACGUGCCCGAAUAGUGAUCACGAAGACUCAAGAAAUCCGACUAUGUGCUUAGUAUGUGGCGCGAUGCUUUGUUCACAGAGUUACUGUUGCCAAACCGAACUUAAACGUCUCUUGGUGGGUGCGUGUUCGAGUCACGCUUACACGUGUGGCUGCGGUGUGGGAAUUUUCUUGCGAGUUCGGGAAUGUGAAGUCCUGUUGUUGGCCAGCCCGAACAAAGGAUGCUUUAUCACGCCGCCGUAUCUGGACGAGUACGGCGAAACCGAUCAAGGGCUGAAGCGAGGAAACCCGUUGUACCUGUGCAAAGAACAGUAUCGCAAAUUACAAAUACUCUGGUUGGGCCAUGGGUUGCACGAAGAGAUUUCGAGGUAUUUGGAUUCCACGCACAACCUGAUACCCACCACUUGGCAACACAUGUAAAUCAAAGCGUUCAACCCCUCCCACCACCCUGACGAUAUUGCUCUACCAUGUCUUUAGAUCAUAACAUAGUGUAGUUUACGUUUAAAUUAAAUUACAUUCGAGAUAUGAUAAUAAAUAAAUAAAUUAAAAAAAAAAAACAAUAAUAAUCGUGUGUGUUACGUAUUAAAAUAAAAUGUGUCUAAUAUUAUUGUUUUAUUUUUUUAAUUUAGCAUUAGGACUGUAUAUGUUACAUGUAUAUAUAUACAUAUAUGUACACAUUUACGAUAUUAUAUUAUUUCAAAUAUAUAUAGAAAAGUAAUAUUAAGUAAUUUUCUGUUCUUUUAACUAUUUGAUUAGAUAUGAAUAUUACUUUUUAAAACUUUUACAUAUAAUUUAUAGAUUUAUUUUCUUAUUAUUAUAAAUUAACCAUAAGGCACUUAGCGAUAGAAAACUAUAAUUAUGGUUACCACAGACGUAAUCGGUGAUUAAGAUUUAUUACUAAAUAUUAUAUUUAGGUAGUCGUUUUUGUUUUUUUUUUUUUACCAAAAUAACCAAACUCAAAAUAAACAAUAUACGAAACUUAAAAAUUUGAUUAAUUCAUAAUUUGUAUUUAUUUUUAUCUUGGACGACUUCCCUAUUUUGUUGUAUAAAUAUAAUUUAUGUGUAAAAUAUUUUUAUUAUAAUUUAUUCUCAAAUGUAACCUACCCUUUUGUUUUAAGAAAAAUCUAACCAACCCGUUCCUACCGAUAACUGAUAAACGACCCAUAGUCACAUCAUGUCAAACGGCGGUUACGUGUCGUGUAACAUGUUCUAUUCAUGUGAGUGCACGGGGUUUAGGUACAUCAAAUUUUAUAGUGCAAAAAAUAACUGCUCGAUGUGUUGUAUCAGCCGAAUCUUUUUUUUUUUUUGUACUACUUGUAAGACUUAACAAUCUCUUUGUGUCAAUAACAAUAAAACAAUGUCAAUAUUGAUUGUUAUCUACAGACGCAUUUGAUCGGACAACAACAUUGUCCAAACGUCGAGUAGGUUACCUACUUGUACAAAAUAUAAAUAAUAUAUUAUAUUUAAUAUUGUAUGAAUAGAAAAACAAAUUAUAAUGUUGUAUACUUGACGAUUUCUUUUACCGUGUUGGUGUUGCGUACAAUAUUUUUUUUUGUCAAUUGAAAUCAGAAACAAAUGUUAUUUUUUAAAACUAACCUUUAUACCUAAAAAUGUAUGAAAUAUUAACAUUGUAAUAAUAACGUUCAUAAAUAUAUUUUAUUGUA